AUGUUUGAAAAUGCGAUCUGGUCAUUUGUCUGGCAGAAGCGUCAGUCUCUUGUAAAGCGUGGAGUGUGCAUAGCAUCAAAGGAUUUUGGAGGACUAGAUGUAGCACAACUCCCAUCUAGGAUAAAUGUAAUUCAAAUUCAGAGUCUGAAGAGGUUAUUCACGGCAAGUGUUUACACAGAUUGGAUGAACUAUCAUUUCUACUGGUUUCGAAAUAUUGGGGGUUUAUACAGGUUAGGGAUACGAGCUUUCAGUGCAGCUAACUGGGAACCAUCAUGUCGGCUUGUGGCAGUACUACCACCCUUUUACCGUCAUCUGCUAAAGCUGUGGCAGAAAUGUGGAGGAACAAGAAAGCCAGUGAAACCACAUUUCUAUGAAGAAGCAUGUGCAAAAGCACAGUGGGGCAAUGCUCUUAUUACAGAUGAACAUAAUCAGCCAAGGUCCGGAUACAUAACAGAAUGCUUUAAUUCACCAUAUGGAACUCAAUACUUUUCUUCUUAUUCUGAAGAAACUUCUGGUGAUACUGUAGCAACUCUGGCUGAACUGGCAAAGGAGAAUAACAUUUAUCUUAUUGGUGGUUCAAUUCCCGAGAAAGAUGGAGAUGCUUUUUAUAACACCUGCACUGUUUUUUGUCCAACUGGUCAGAUGAUUGCCAAGCACAGAAAAAUUCACUUGUUUGACAUUGACAUUCCUGGUAAAAUCACAUUUAAAGAGUCUGAUGUGCUAAGCUGUGGACAGUCCUUGACAAUGUUUGAUAUUGAGUCAUGUACAGUGGGCAUUGGUAUCUGCUAUGAUGUGAGGUUUGCUGAGCUAGCACAUGCAUACUCAGCGUUAGGCUGCAGAUUUUUGGUCUACCCUGGAGCGUUCAACAUGAUCACAGGGCCACAGCACUGGGAACUACUAUUAAGAGCCAGAGCUGUAGACAACCAGGUUUAUGUUGCUGGAAUUUCUCCUGCAAGAGACGAAUCAGCAUCUUAUGUUGCUUGGGGACAUAGCACUGUUGUUGAUCCAUGGGGUGCUGUGAUUGCUACAACAGAUCAUCAGGAAGCUAUUGUCUAUGCUGAUAUAGAUCUUUCAAAGGUGGUAGAUGUUCGUUCAGCUAUUCCUAUUAGAGAGCAACGACAAAGUUCUGUCUAUCCGACUGUUUGUUCUCAGUCGUCAACUCAAUAGUUUGUUUCAAUUCUCAGACUGACAUAUAUUAUUAGUGGCCUAGUGAAACUUUAUCAGUGCAAAUCAAUCUAUUAAGCUACGAGCGUAAAAGAAGGACACCACAAUGAGUGGUGGACUGCUUCGCGAGAAGCUCACUCUAAACGGGUUGAAUUGACUUCCGGUCUGUCUGUCGGUAUGUCGCUAUGUACCUAUGUUUGUUUGUUUGUAAGCGUGUGUCACACUCGGGGAG